GCUCGCAGGAACGCCGGGAAUACGCCAAAAAUUCGACCCCUCACGGGGAUUCAGAAGAUCGUUUGUUCCGGUCGUCGGAGUCCAGGGUGUUGCACUCUGUUCUGCCAAAAUUGAGCAGAGUGCAAGCAUAUCAGAAUCAUCGCUGAAUUUCCUUAGAAUUUGCGCUUUGAUGGGUACAGUAAUCUAUAAAGCUAUUUUGGGUUGACAAAAAUAUGGCUAAAGCUGAACCUAGAAGUCGCAUCGUGAUCGGGCCAUUGGCACAGUUCGACCUGUACAAUCACUCUCGAAGUUCAGUUCGAUCGCUCGCCAUUUUUAGAGAAUCCGACUCUCGAGCUGUAUUCUAUGUUGGCACUCAGUCUGGAACUGUCCUUUCACUCACUACAGAGAUUAACAAUGCGGCAACUAGUGCCCCCGAUGCUACAACUGAGUUGGAAUUUUCCAAAAACGCUUCCUUUUUGAAGAAGCUUUCUUUGCUUAAAAGCGUUUCGGCGAGUAAUUCCCCUGUGGAUUCCAUAUUGGUACUCGGCGAGGUAGGUAAGCUUUUGUUGCUUUCCGAUGGGUCAUUGUUUAUGGUCGAUUCUGCUCUGACUCAGCCGCCGAAAAGAUUGAGUUUUUCGAAGGGCAUUUCUUUAGUUACACGGAGAAUGCGGAGUAAUGAAUCGGAUAGUUCAAAGUUUUUAGGGACUGUAAAUAGUUAUUCAGAACAAUCGAGUACAGGUCAACGACUAAUGCAAAGAUUGGGAGGUGGGUCCAGAGCUAAUGGUUUGAGAACUAAGGAGCCUGAACUCCACAGCGGCGAGAAUUAUGUUUUUGCUAUUGUCAUUGGCAAAAAACUAAUGCUUGUAGAGCUUGUUUUCGGCCAUGGGGCUAGCAGAAGCGACAGAGACAUCAAUGGGGUAACUGGGUCUCUUGUGAUUUUGAAAGAGAUUCAGUGUGUUGAUGGAAUUAUGACCAUGGUAUGGAUCAAUGAUUCAAUUAUUGUUGGCACUAUCAAUGGGUAUAACUUGAUUUCCUGUGUUACAGGACAAAGUGUUGUGAUAUUUUCCUCGCCAGAUGUAUCUCGUCCCCCACGUUUAAAGUUGUUACUGAAAGAAUUGAAAGUGCUUUUGUUAGUGGACAAUGUGGGCAUCAUUGUUGAUGAUCAUGGACAGCCAGUGGGUGGUAGUUUGGUCUUCCACCAUGGCUUGGAUUCUGUAGGAGAGAUAUCUUCUUAUGUGGUUAUUGUAAAUGGUGGAAAAAUGGAAUUGUAUCAUAAAAGAUCUGGUACUUGUAUUCAGGCAUUACCGUUUGGCGGGGAAGGAAUUGGGCCUUGCAUUGUUGCUUCUGAGGAAGAAGGGGAUGGGGAAUUUGUUGCCGUUGCCACAGCCACCAAGGUGAUUUGCUAUAAAAAAUUACCUUUCGAAGAACAAAUAAAAGACCUGCUUAGGAAAAAGAAUUAUAAUGAAGCCAUAUCAUUGGUUGAGGAGCUUGAGGCUGAAGGUGAAAUAUCAAAGGAUUUUCUAUCCUUUGUUCAUGCACAAGUGGGAUUUCUCUUGCUUUUUGACCUGCAUUUUGAGGAAGCAGUUGACCACUUUCUGCUUUCCGAGACAAUGCAGCCUUCUGAAGUAUUUCCGUUUAUAAUGCGAGAUCCAAAUCGCUGGUCCUUGCUGGUUCCUCGGAAUCGGUAUUGGGGUUUGCAUCCUCCUCCAGCCCCACUUGAAGAUGUGGUGGACAAUGGCUUGAUGACAAUCCAAAGAGCUUCUUUCCUGAGGAAAGCAGGUGUUGAAACUAUAGUAGAUAAUGCCUUUUUUCUGAAUCCUCCAAACAGAGCGGAUUUGUUGGAGUCAGCGAUCAAGAAUAUUAGCAGGUAUUUGGAGGCUUGUCGAGAAAAGAACUUAAUGCAAUUGGUGAGGGAGGGGGUUGACACUUUAUUAAUGUAUCUCUAUAGAGCCCUAAAUCGUGCUGAUGAUAUGGAAAGACUGGCAUCUUCUACAAACUGGUGUGUUGUGGAGGAGUUGGAAAGAAUUUUAGAAGGAUCAGGACACUUACGGACACUUGCCUUCCUAUACGCAAGCAAAGGAAUGAGCUCGAAGGCUGUGGCCAUUUGGCGUAUCCUUGCAAGAAAUUACUCUUCAGGCCUCUGGAAAGAACCUGCUUUAGAGAAUUGCCUACAUAACAAUGAAGCAAAGGUUAUUUCUGGUAAGGAAGUUGCUGCAGCCGAAGCUUCAAAGAUUCUUGAGGAGUCAUCUGACCAAGAUUUGAUUCUACAACAUCUUGGAUGGAUUGCAGAUAUCAGCCAGGUACUUGCAGUUGAAGUUUUAACAUCAGACAGACGAGAGAUCCAGCUUUCACCUGAUGCUGUAAUUACAGCUAUUGAUCCACAUAAGGUAGACAUUUUACAAAGGUAUCUCCAGUGGUUGAUUGAAGAACAAGAUUGUAAUGAUACUCAGUUGCAUACGUUGUAUGCCCUCUCACUUGCCAAAUCAACGAUUGAAGCGUUUGAGCCUGAAAAUCCUGAUAGUGGAAAUUUGGAGGUUAAAAAUUUGGCUACUACGACAAACUCUAUCUUUCAGACUCCUGUCAGAGAAAGAUUGCAGAUAUUUUUGCAAUCCUCGGACCUGUAUGAUCCAGAAGAAGUUCUUGACUUGAUUGAAGGAUCAGAAUUAUGGUUGGAAAAGGCAAUACUAUACAGAAGACUUGGGCAAGAGACUUUGGUCCUCCAAAUUUUGGCUUUGAAACUGGAAGACAGUGAAGCUGCUGAGCAGUAUUGUGCCGAAAUUGGCAGAGCUGAUGCAUACAUGCAAUUGCUUGAAAUGUAUUUGGAUCCACAAGAUGGCAAGGAUCCGAUGUUUACUGCUGCUGUCCGCCUUCUCCAUAAUCAUGGAGAAGCUCUGGACCCAUUGCAAGUUCUAGAGAAACUGUCACCAGAUAUGCCUCUCCAACUUGCUUCGGAGACUUUAUUAAGAAUGUUAAGGGCCCGGGUUCAUCACCAUCGUCAAGGGCAGAUUGUGCACAGCCUUUCCCGUGCCGUAGACAUAGAUGCUAGGUUGUCAAGAUUGGAGGAGAGGUCAAGGCAUGUACAGAUCAAUGAUGAGAGUCUGUGUGAUUCCUGUCAUGCACGUCUUGGUACUAAGUUAUUUGCAAUGUACCCUGAUGAUACCGUUGUAUGUUACAAGUGUUACCGUCGACAAGGCGAGUCGCUGUCUGUCUCAGGCCGUAAUUUUAAGGAAGACAUCAUAAUUAAACCAGGUUGGCUUGUGGGCCGUUGAUCCAGAAACUAAAUGCUGCUAUUAUAUGCCAAGAUUGCUGAAGCAGAAGCAGAAGCAGAGGCAGAGGAAUUGCUAUUUCAUACCAUAUCCAAAUCUAUUCAUCAAAUUUUAGAAAGAGGAAUCUGUUGGUGAAGAUAACUGAGUUCAAGCUUCAGGUGUGUCAGCGUCUAACCUUCAACAUUUAGAAGAUAUAAAGGUCUCGCAUUGUUAACGACCACAUCAUGUUACUGUACAUAGAUUUGUUUUUAGUUCCUCAUUCUGGCGAUAGCAUUGUAAAUUAGUGGGAUGGUAAACUGUAAAUUUUGGCUUUUGAAUUACUACUACAUUCUUUCAUUUUGGUUGAUAAAUGUGUGGUUAGCUUUUAGUCCUGCGAAAUUGGAAUUGUUUGCUGAGAAUGGACGCUAGUUGUGUUAUGUAACCGGAAGAAUGAUGAUAAUGAUGGUAUUAAAGUAAGUCCUUUUGUUUAU